ACAAGAUGUCAAAAUUUAUGUUUCAUAUAAGAUUUUCUUGUGAGGAGGAUUAUCUUCACCAGCACGAACUUUAUGAGAUGCUGAGAUCGAGGAAUUUAUAUCAGGUGCAAUUUGAUUUGAAGAAGAGACUGGAAAAGCGCAUUCGGUCCAUAGAGCAGGCAGAGAAGAUGCAAAUCGCAACUUCUCAAAGCAAGAAAACUAUGUUUCUUCACACAGUUAAAGAACGGAUAAAGAAGAGAAACCGAUUUGGAGAAAGAUACAAACGCCAUUUUUCAAUGGGGGACGUGGAGGAGGGAGCAGAUGAGGCAUCCAGAACUCCCCGAAUACAGCCCAGGCAACAAAAAGAUCCACCGAGAACAGACGAAAGAGAAAUCUCUAGAAGUCAAACGGCACCAGAAAUGGGAGUGCCAAAAUCAUUUAAGGAAGUAGAGCCCCCAUUGGAAGAAGAAGUUACGUCAUUGAGACGCAACGUCACAUUUUGCGGAAAAUCGUUUCCGAUGGCAAAAAGCGCAAAACGCCGCUCGAGACCUCAGCAUCUUCAGUCAGUUGAAGAAGAUAAAGAGAUUGUAGAACCAACAGAGGAUGGACACAACAGUGGAAGUGAUUUACGCUUACCAGACAUAAAGCAAGAGACCCCAAAAAACGACGAAGGAAGAAAAGAACGUACAUUGUCUCCCGAAAAGCUGGCUGUUGUGAAAAAUAUGUCUAUGUAUGAGUCCGGCGUUACGGCACCGGACGGUCGCCUGAUACUAUCUAGGGAGGACUAUGAUGAAUUCAUUGACCAGUACCGUCAGGCGCAGAAGAAAUGGCUCAAAAAACAGAGACGAAAGAGUGAAAGUCUAGAGGAGAAAAUUAAAAACUUUAAAAUUGUGGACGAAGAACCGUCGUAUUGACGCGCAGUUCUUCUAACCUUAAAUUUUUACAUAUUUACCCGAGUGAUUAUGGCUUUCAUUCGAAUCAUUGGAACAAUUUCUUGUGUAUUUAGUGUCUUUUACUUUCUUCAUAAUGGUUGAAGGCCAGGACUCCUUAUCGGUAUACUUCAUGCCAAUUAAAAGGAAUUAUUCGCCACAGGAAUAACAGAUACAGGGAUUUGAAAGUGUUUAUAUUCACAUUAACGAUUGAUUGAAACUUUUUGUCACGUACUUUGUCUUAGUUUAGCAAACAGCAAGCUGCAAUUUGCUGUACAUUUGUGAAAGGAGGAUCAAGGUUAAAAUUCGGCUAAAAGAGACGUUAAAAAAACAAAUUUAUUUCCAAAAUUUUGAUAACAAAAAGGUCUGGCGAUGCCAUUAAAAAUUAUUUCCAAAAUUUUGAUAACAAAAAGGCCGAGGACAAUAAUUCAUCAAUAUGCAAGUAAUAUCAUGUGCCGCUUUUCGCAGCUUUUGUAUAGAUCUUGAUCCUAUUGCCAAUGUCAAAAUUAAAGGGAAAAGUUUGUAUUUCAACGUGAAAAAAUAAAAUGGCAAAAUAAUUACCUGGCUAUUGUUGAAUGAUUAACGACACAAUAAAGUUUUAAUUACGAACGAUUAAAAUCAAGAUUAAACUGAUCAA